CCCGACUCCUCCAUCUCCUCCUCUCUCCUCCUUCACCUCUCAUUUAUAAAUAACAAAGCUUCUCCCCUCCACACACAAACUUCUCCCCCGUUGACAUCAAAUCUUCCCCCACUCUCUCCAGCACAACUCCUACGGCGAUGCAAGGAGGCCAACGUAAACCCGACAGCCUCUCCUUCGACGUGGCCGAAUCAACCGAGACCCGAAUCCAGCGCCUGAUUUCGGAGCACCCGGUCAUAAUAUUCAGCCGAUCCUCGUGUUGCAUGUGCCACGUCAUGAAGAAACUUCUCGCCUCUAUUGGGGUCCACCCAACCGUCAUUGAACUCGACGACCACGAGAUCGCUGCCCUCCCUUGUCCUCCCGAUGGCGAGGAUAGUCCUAGCCCCUCCCCGAAAAACUCCCCCGUCCCCGCCGUCUUCAUUGGUGGGACCUGCAUCGGCGGCCUUGAGUCUCUCGUGGCACUCCAUCUUAGUGGCCACCUUGUCCCCAGACUCGCUGAAGUUGGUGCGCUCGAUGGGUAUGAAAUAAUUUACUCAAAUUAAUAUUCAAUCAGAACAGCAAUUAUCUCAAAAAUCAAGAUUGAGGUAGCUAUUAUCAAGAUUUGAUUUUUAAGGUCCAGAUGAUUUGGGUUUGUUGUUGUUUUUGUUAUUUCUUGUAAGCAUAAGAAUUUAUAAAUCGUUGAAGCAGAAGAAGAAAAAUCUGCAUAGUUUGGUACGUAAGUACGUGUGGAAUAUUAAUCUUGAUUGAUCUUCUGUCGAA